CAUCGCUUCGACCUUAGCGGGACUCCCGCAGCAGUAAUGUUUUCCGGGUUCAAGCUUUCUCGCUAAGCGGUUGAAUGGUUGUAUAUAGAGGCGAUGCAUUAAUAAUUAACGCGUAAAACUGCGGAUCUUUGUGAACGAGAGAAAGGGUGCUCGCAUUUGUGCGUUUAUAAACGUUGCUGCAGCUCGUUGCUGUGGCACGUGGAGCCGCCGGAGCUUUUAACAGUCCGCGUUAGCUGAACAUGUCUGCGGAGGAAGCGGAUAAAACAGCCACCACUGAUGCCAGCGCCGGCGAUGAGGAGGAGGAAUGGCUGUAUGGAGACGAGUCAGAAAGUAAAGAGGAGGAUGAAGAAGCCAAACUGAACGCUGCUGUCGGUGCACCUGCUGAUUUACCAACAGAUGAAGCGGCCGUUGAUGCUGCACAGACCACAGGAAAUGGAGUGGCCUCUGAGGCCCUGGAGGAAGCUGCUGGUGAGGAUGCUGACAGUGACAGCGACAGUGAUGACGACGACGACGAUGUCCGUGUUACCAUAGGCGACAUUAAAACUGGAGCUCCACAAUACACGACAUAUGGAGCUCCACCUGUGAACCUCAACAUAAAAUCUACCAGCUCCAGACCCUACGGACAAGUGACCACAAAGCUGAAGGGAGUGGAUCUGGACGCUCCUGGAAGCAUAAAUGGCGUUCCUGUGCUGGAUGUGGACAUGGAGUCCUUCGACGAGAAACCCUGGAGGAAGCCAGGUGCGGAUCUGUCGGAUUAUUUCAACUAUGGUUUUAAUGAAGACACCUGGAAAGCUUAUUGUGAGAAACAGAAGAGGCUGCGAAUGGGCCUGGAGGUCUCUACAGUCGGCUCUGUGACCAGCAAGAUCACAGUGCAGCAGGGCAGGACAGGUAAUGAAAAGGAAUUGUCCAGUUUGUCCAUUCACACCCCUAAGACAGACUUCACCUUACCCGUCAGCCUCUACAAGCCAGGAGGAAUCGGUCAGGUCACCAGGAAACUGACUGGGACCAUAGAUGUGAUUGGUGCUCAUAUGGCCACCAUCAGCAGGGUGGAGGGGCGUCGCCGUCACAAUCUGGAAGGCAACAACAUCCAGGUGAUUUCUGAGCACUCGACAACAGAAGCUGAACCAGCUCCAGCUAAGAUCCCCACCUUCUUCCCCCCUGGACCAAUUCCUCCAAACAUCCCCCCACCUCCAUUUCUGCCCCCCAUGCCAAAUGUCAGCACUGCACCUCCUCUCAUACCUCCACCAAGGUUGCCCAUUACUGUCCCUCCUCCUGGUUUUCCUCCUCCAACAAGCGGCCCCCCUCUUUCUUUAAUCCCCACUAUGGACAGCCACCCUGGAGGCUAUGAUGGCCGCUCAGUCCCUCCGUUUCCAUUUCCCCAAGGUGCUUACCCUCCACCCAUACCUGGAGGUGUUCCUCCUCACUGGCCUCCCAUUGUGGACAACACCAAGUCCUGGGACUACUAUCCCCGUCGAGAAGACAAGAGAGACAAGGACAGAGACAGGCCCAGAGAGAGGACACAUGAGCGGGAGCGAGAGCACAGCCCUGCAGCUAUAGGCUACACCAGGUCAGAAGAUGACGAGGAGCGCUAUCGUUACCGUGAGUACGCUGAGCGUGGCUACGUAGAGCGCCACCGCGACCGGUCAAGCCGAGAGAAAGACGAGCGGCACAGAGAGAGGAGACACCGAGAGAAGGAGGAGGGACGUCACAAGUCCUCUCGCAGCAGCAGCAGUCGAAGGAGGCACGACAGCGAGGAAGGCGACAGCCACCGGAGGCACAAACACAAGAAGAGUAAGAGGAGCAAGGAGGGCAAAGAGGCUAGUGACGAUGUUGGUGCAGACCAAGAGAACCAGGAGGCCAUGGAGUAGAGGGACCUCCUCCCACGUUCCCCCACCCUGUUUAGAUUUAGUUUGGAACAAACGAGGAGGAAGCAAGAAAACCAGAAAGUCACAGAGUGUGAACCCUCAUCAUCCUCAGCAUCAUUCUAGAUCGGACAGAGUGGGAGGUGCUCGUCCUCAUCAGUGCGUCUGCGGCCCCCUCCAUCCUCUCCGAGCGGCGCUCCAGCAGUUUGCUGAUCAUCUUUGAAUGCUCGUUUCUUUUUGUUGGGUAGAUGUCAUUUUGUUCUCGUCCUGUACCAAGACACCG